AUGCUCAGCCGCCCGAACGGCGAGCUCACGAGGGCCGGCCAGUAUUACUACCAACUGAUCGACCGGCCGCCCCCCAGCCGGCAGUACGACCGCAACCAACCCCUCAUCCGCGAGGGCCCGAACGAUUACAUCAUGCUCCGGGGGGGCGCCAAAAAGCUGCUCCGCAGCCUCCAGCCCAACGGGAACUACCACUUGACCAAGCUCGGGAAGAGCUUCUUCAAGGACAAGUGGGUGGACUGGGUGGUGCACGUGCCCGUCAUCAUCCGCAGCAUCCGGCGAAACGGCCGGAACCGCGGCAUGCCCUACGAGCGCACGAAGCGCCUGCCCGUCACGGACCUCAACGUCACACUGCCCCGGCAGAGCGAGGGGCUCUCGGAUGCCCAAGCGGCCCGGAACCUCAAGGCGUCCGCGCUCGCGCAGCUCGGGAACCCCGAGCCGAACGACAUUAUUUGGGAGCUGUCCGACGAGACCUACUACCUGGACGCAACGAGGGAGUGGACCUUCAGCCAGCAGGCCAUGCAGGUCGUAGACGACCGGGUGGUGGUGGAGACCGUCCUGGAUCAGCCCCUGGGGGCUCUGCGGGACGUCUCCUACCAGCUGUACUGCGGCGACGAAAUCCUAGAGUCCGCCUUCGAACAGCGGCCGGACAAGCUUUGCGUCCCUCGGCAGCUCGCGGAGCUGAUGCGGCUGCCGCUGCAGGAGGUGCUUUCGGACUUCGACGCAAUCUGCACCAAAAAAACGUGGCGGGAGCAGGGCAUCACCCCCCGAGAGAUCCGGGAAUUCUGCCUUUGGCGCCAGGCCCCGAUGUUCUACGUGGACUGCCAGGGCCGCCUGCUGGACAAGUAUGAGCCUACCGUCAAGGAGCAGCGGGCCGUGGCCUUCACGAGCUGGAACGGCCACGCCUUCUUCUACAAAUCUGCCCGCACCGUCGCGAAGUGCGAGCCGAUGGGGGAGCGGGCCAGGUACCGGGGCGAGAGGAAGCCCGGCGAAACGCCCGAGUUCAAGGAUUGGCGGGAGUGGGAGGGCGAGGUCGCCAGCGGUCAUUUCUACACUGAGGACCUGGAGCAGGUCCGGAGGGAGCUGCUGGCCGAGGGGCACUGCCCGAAGGUGGUCAUGCGAAGCAUGAGCGAGUGGCGGUGCCUGCGGCUGAGGGUGCGGGGCGGCGAGGACUGCGUCAUCUCCGCCUUCCACGAAGACCUGGAUGUGCUGCAGGCCUGGAUGGGGCGGCUGGGGCUCCCCUAUUGCGGGCAGCGUCUGGCGGGCGCCGCGAGCGAGGUCUUCCUUCACCUUCUCAAGGCCCGCCGCGAUCCGCCCGGAUCUCGGCAAGCCCUGCUCGCGGAGCAGGACCACCAGUGCAAGCUCUGCGCGGCCCCCAUCACUGCAACCACGUGCGAGUUGGACCACAUCGUCCCCGUGCACCAGUCCUUCGCCGCACAGGCCCAGAACCUCCAGGCACUGUGCCUCGAGUGCCACCGGAACAAAACGGCCCUGGAGUCCUCGCACGCCACGACACUGGAGUCGCGCUUCAGCCGGCGGGCUUACGAGCAGUACGUGGAAUCGCCUCGACUCCCGCCGCUCGUCUUCAAGCUCAACAGCCACAAGCCGGACCACAUCUGCCACGGUAUAGACGUGGUGCGGUGCCGCAAGAACGGUCUGGCCCAUGCCAAGUUCCCGGCGCCCAUCUUCUGCCCCAAGGACAACGUUGAGCAAGCCCGCGAAGGGCACCUGGCGGACCUGACCUACGUGAGGCUCCGGGAGGGCCUUGCGACAUGGAGCGACUUCGUGUACAGCCUGGACGCCACGGCGCACGUGGACCAGGAGUCCGUGGCCCAGGCCCUGCAGAAAAUGGAGGCGGCUUGGCCGGAGGGAGAGGAGCACUACGCGAAGCUGUCGGUGAAUGCCCUCAUCGGGCUGUGGGCACGCAACAUGAACCUCAUCUACACCAUGCGCACCAGCAACCACCAGUUCGACGGGUCCGGGUGCCAGCACCGGGAGCUGUUCCUGGACGCCGCGGGCGGGAUGCACUGGGAUCACAUCUACGUGACCCAGUUGUUGUCCAACCGGUACCUGAAGGCCGUCAAAACGGACUGCGUCGUCUUCCAGGACCUGCCCAAAAAGUUCCAGGGCCUUGUGGACAGCCUGGUCCGCGAAAGGCAUCCCGACGGCACGCCCGUGUACCGAUGCGAGGAGGUCAAGGGCCUCGAAGGCCAGUAUCGGAUCCCCCGAAUCGAGGCGGAGUGGAUGUGCAACAUUGACACCUGGAAGGUCGCGGAGGACCCUUUUGAGGGCGGGAGCCUGCUGCUGACCGGCUACCCGGGCACCGGGAAGACCCACCUGGCGCGCCAGAUCGUGACCGCCCUCCGGGAAGAAGGGUACAAGGUGAAGAUCAUCACGAAGACCCACUCCUCCGUGCAGAACUUUGGCAUGCAGGCGGAGACGGCCGACCACUGGGUGCGGAGCACCGUCCGGAACGGCUACUGCAACAUCGACUGGCUGGUGGUGGAGGAGAUUACGCAGCUCGACACGGGGCUGUGGAACGACAUCGCCUGCGUCUCCAUGAACCGCAAAGUCAAGUUCCUGCUGCUUGGCGACUUCCGCCAGUUCCCCGCCGUCAUGGACAACUUCGCGGGCACCCCGGUGCAGUGGGAGCUCAAGCACUGCCAGCUGCUCCACGACCUCACCGACGGCUGGCACCACGAGCUCACCGAGAACAGGAGGAGCGACCCGGGCAUCUUCGACUUCCUCCGGUGGCUCCGGGUCGACGAGCCCCGGGAGCAGUCCCUCCCGGAAGCGGUCCGGGCGGCCCGGGAAAGGUUUCCGCGGCAAGGCGAGCCCGAUGUCAGCCUGGUCAUCUCCCACGCCCACCGCAUCAGGAUCAAUGCGCGGGACAACCGUCGCCUGGCCCCGCCGGAAGCUGUGACGAUCGAGUACACCGGCACUGGCCCGCCGACCACCAACAUGCCGCAGACCAUGCGGGUCUGGCCCGGCCUGAAGCUCAUCGGCGUCGGCGGCCGCGUGACCAAAGGCAUCUACGUGCAUGUGGCCGAAGUGGGUCCCGAGAAGAUCGUCUUGGACGGCGGCGACUCCUUCACCCACGCCGCCCUCCUGAAACACACCCGGCUGUGCCACGCCAUCACCUACGCCUCGUGUCAAGGCCUGACGCUCGAAGGGCGGGUUUUCCUAUGCGACACCGAGAGUCCACACUUCACCCUCAAGCACCUCUAUGUGGGGAGCAGCAGGGCCACCAGCAGCGAGCUCCUGAGCGUGCUCUAG